AUGGCCGAACAUUCCACCCAUAUUCGACACGUACUCUUUUACGAGUUCGAGCCUGGCCAUCCCGCUGCUGAAGCCCAUCGAAACUUAAGUCAAGUGUUCGGCAUUGAAGCCCCUUCUGAGUGGUCUGUGCUGUGGUUCCAGCGCUUCAAAACCGGAAACAAGAAGCUCGAAGAUGAGCCUCGCUCUGGUCGACCGACUGCAAUAUCGUUCGACGAACUGAAGAAUCUAGCGGAGCAGUAUCCAUGUGAAGGUGUGCGGUAA